AUGAGGAUCGGAUUGUGGCUCCUGACAGCUAUAACUAGCAUCACCCAGAGAACAAUGGCCGAAACACCGAUAAACGGCGUUAAAGCUGCCAAUGUACUUGGCGGGCUCCAACAGCAUGCCUCGUUCAGCUUCGUGAGGCCAGGCCUGACGCAAACUACUUUUGCGUUCAACGGGCCGUCCUCCCAUCAGACGUUCAGCUCAAGUAUUGGUGAUCCACACCUGGCACACCGAGUGCAACCCAGCCUGGCUCAAGCUUUGGCUUACCGUAAUCCCGGAUUAGACAAUAAGCACCCGAAAAAAUGUGUAGGUUUUGUAGCCUAUGGGAAUGGACCAAUAACUACUGCUUACACGUCUGGAGCACCAGUGGCCACAAAUUCUGUUUAUCAACAACAGCUCUAUCCGCAACCUCAGCAGCAGCAGCAAAUUGACUAUUUGCAGCAACAGCAGUACCAGCAAGCUUUGGCCUUGGCUUAUCAGCAGCAGUUACAGCAACAGCAGUACUAUCAACAGCAGCAGCAACAACCCCAGCAACAGUUUUACUCUGGAUUAGAACAACCUGUCGAUGGAGCGACCCAACAACAGCAGGCUCACUUCGCUCAACUGUUCGCAUCCAGGUUAACACCUCAGCAGCAAACUGCAACAGCCGACGUACCAGAACAGGUUCAACAGCAACAGCUGCAGCAACAAGAGCAGCAGAGCGCAAAUUUACUCGGAGUCGCGUAUUCAGCUGCACCGUCGGUGGCCCACGUCAAAGUAAACGGUAAUGGUUACAAGUUUGAUUUCUGAUGACAAACGGUGUCUAAUCUUAUAUACAAAUUGUCGACGAUUGUAAUUCACGUAUAUGCAUUGAAGUGAGUUAAUAUUUUAUUGCGUUUAUUCUAAUGGAACUACGAGCAGAGCUCGGUGAGGCUUUACUCGCAUGCGAAAUAGUCAUUAACAAUUUUAUUAAAAAGUGUACAAAGUUUCCUUUCUGUUGUAUCUGUUUUUGUGUAUUUAUAAUUAUCUUGAGUCAUUUAUGAUUUA